UGUAAAUAAAGCAGGAAAGGGAUGCCGCCAGAAAUAUCGGAACAGAAGAUAUUCACAUACUAUUGAAUCUGAAAAUAUUCCGGAAUCGGACGAUUCAGGUGAGAGCAGUGACGGGAUGUAUGGUCCCACUCAGGAAAUGUUGCCAUUCAUCCCAAUCCCAUCCUCUCUUGUUGGGAAUGCGACUUCUUUUCCAGUAUCUGGUGGUCAAGUUUCCAUUCCACCGCAAAAUCACAUGGACUUGCCUUAUAGAGAAUUGGCACCAAACGAACAACAUCCAUUCUUUAUUGCCACUGGAGGACAGGAGAAUUUGGAUAAGUCUUAUGCUAGCACCCCGGCAUUGCGUACAUUUCACACUAAUGCACCAAUGCAACCACAAGAGGCACUGGUGAAUCGUAAUUCAAGACAGUCCACUGGACUUCAUUUGGCAGGCCCUCCUUCGCAACAGGCGUCAAAUUCCAUGCCGUCUCAAGCACCGACACCAGCACAACAAGGUAACUGGAAUGCGUUAUACGCUGGGACGUCUUCUGCUGGGCAUCAACCCAUCCAAGACCAACCAGCAACAGCUCAACAGACAAAUUUUUACGGGCAAUAUUUUGGAACACCACCAGCAUCACAAUAA